AUGACCCAGCCAACUCAAGCAGAGAUAUUCGCAGCUCUAUCAGCUCAAUCAUCCAGCUCUUUCAACAGAUCACAACCCCCUAUAUCGACUUAUCAAUCAUUCGAUCAGGAUCCUGUAACUCAACUUACUAUACCGGAAUCGGAGAAUGGUAAAAAAGCAAAUUCAAGGAGGAUAUAUUGUCCUAGGGAUGGAUGUGGGAGUGUCAUACUUUUAGAUGGAGUAGGGGAAUGGAUAGAUGUCUAUGAAGGUAAUGUUCUCCCUCACGAUCCCUCGUCUCCCUUCCCUCCAUCAUCCUCAUCCCACGCAUCAUACUGGUACAUCCCCACCGGACCGUUCUCAUUCGAAAACAUAGGAUUCUCCAGACCCGACAAAACCAACAUCAACCCUCUACCAUCUCAUACACCUAAAGAUAUCCAGGGGGAAAUAUCAGGCAAGGUGAAGUACCUCAUAUGCGCGGAGUGUGAUUUGGGUCCACUAGGUUGGAGUUAUGAUGGUGGUAAGGCGGCUUGGUUGGAUGUGAGGAGAGUGAGGUAUGGGGAGAUGAAGAAGUAG